AUGGCAGCAGUAGCUAUUGGUCUGAUAUUCGUGGGAACUGGUAAACAGGAGGCUUGUGAAGCCAUUAUACAAAAGCUCCUGGAUAUGACUGAUAACACAAUGGAUUUAGCAGAGAAGUGUCAAAUAGCUUGUGCAUUAGGUAUAUUACAAUUGGGCAGGAUGGACGCUGCUGAAGUUGUAAUAGAUGCUUUGAAGGCAGUUGCGGGUGAGCAUGGUCGCAUCGCUGAGAUAAUGGUGGAGGCUUGCGCCUACGCGGGUUCAGGUGACGUUUUACGUACGCAAAGGUUCCUCAAAUGUUGUGCAAAUGCAGAAAACGUACCGAAGGAGAAAGAUACACCACAGGAAACUGAUGAUGCCAUGGAGGUUGAUACACCUUCUAAGUCAGACAAUAUUGCAGCCACUAGUUUCCCACCACUCACUCCGGAGAAACCUGCAGAAGGAGCAACACAGGAUUCACCGAAGGAUAAAAAAUCAUUGAAGUUUGGCAGUAUGUGUGAAAGGCGUGCUGCGCCGAUAGCUUUGGCCAUUGCUUACACAUCGAAUCCCAGUCCUCAGGUCAUAGACAUACUAUCAAAGCUUACCCACGAUGUCGACUAUAAUGUCAUCAUGAACGCUAUAUUUGCUUUAGGUGUUGUCGGAGCUGGAACUAACAACUCACGUAUUGCACUUAUGCUUCUGAACUUGGCGAAGAUCCAUAUGCGUGAUACGAAUGUGGUAUUUGUAAUCCGGAUCGCAGCAGGGUUGCUGCACAUGGGCAAAGGUACUACUACAAUAUCUCCCUUACAUUCUGAGGGAUUUUUGCUAAGGAAGGCUGCUUUAGCGGGGCUUAUGGUCGUAUUUACAGCUGCUCUUGAUAUGAAGAGCACAUUUAUCGGAGGACUGCCUUUCACCAUACUAUUCGUCGCUUUGGCUAUUAGGCCCAGGUGGAUGCUAACCUUAACUCCAGAUCUCGAGCACGUUCAGGUGCCCUGUAGGGUGGGUAACAUGGUUGAGACCACGGGUACCGUUGGUAAGCAGCGUCGUAUAUCGGGAUUCCAGACCCACCAAACGCCGGUUCUUGUAGGUUCUAACGAGCGUGCUGAGGUGGCGUCUGAAGAGUUCUUUCUCGAAACUGAUCCGACAAUAUUCUCACAUUGUCCCAACGAAGUGACGACCCCUUCAACUUCCAUUGACGUAUCGCCGGUGCGAGAGGUAAGUCAAUGUGUGUUGCUGAAGGCACGGUAUCUGAGAUAUGGCACGGUGACACCUGUGGGGAGCCGUAAAUAUAUUUAUUUCAAUAAAAUGGCUGCCCCUGAGGAGGACGGCGAUACGAAGACCGUCUCUACACCUCUGAACGAUGCCGAAAUCACUAUCCUCAAGAGCUAUGGUAUCGGCCCGUAUACGGAGUCCAUAAAGGAGGCCGAAAAGGGCAUAAAGACAGUCAUUCAAAGGAUCAAUAAACUCUCCGGUAUCAAGGAAAGUGACACUGGGCUUAAUCCACCUCAUAUGUGGGAUCUAACUUACGACCAACAGUCUCUCCAAGAAGGGGUACCCUUACAGGUUGCACGUUGUACAAGCAUCAUCAACCCCGGUACCCCUCAAGCGAAAUAUGUUAUCAACGUGAAACAAAUCGCUAAGUUUGUGGUGGGACUCGGCGAAAAAGCAGCCGCCACGGAUAUAGAAGAAGGUAUGCGUGUAGGGGUGGAUCGUAACAAGUAUAAAAUACAAAUCUCGUUACCACCAAGGAUCGACCCCUCCGUUACCAUGAUGACAGUAGAGGAGAAACCAGAUAUCACGUAUAAUGAUGUUGGAGGAUGCAAGAGCCAAUUGGAGAAGCUUAGAGAGGUCGUUGAAAUGCCGUUACUCUAUCCUGAGCGAUUUGUCGCAUUAGGUAUAGACCCUCCAAAAGGGGUAAUGCUAUACGGUCCACCCGGGACUGGCAAAACGCUUACUGCUAGAGCUGUAGCGAACAGGACUGACGCGUGCUUUAUAUGUGUUAUCGGUUCUGAAUUGGUACAAAAGUAUGUUGGUGAAGGUGCACGUCUUGUACGUGAGCUUUUCCAAAUGGCCCGGUCAAAGAAAGCCUGCAUCCUAUUCAUCGAUGAGGUCGAUGCUAUCGGAGGUUCGCGUGGAGACGAAUCUGCGCACGGAGACCACGAAGUGCAACGUACUAUGUUGGAAAUAGUCAAUCAAUUAGAUGGAUUUGAUGCUAGGGGUAACAUCAAGGUGAUUAUGGCUACUAACAGACCCGAUACCCUGGAUCCCGCUUUGCUUAGACCUGGACGUAUAGAUCGUAAAAUUGAGUUCGGUCUACCUGAUUUAGAGGGGCGUAAACACAUUUUCAAGAUCCACGCCAGGACUAUGAGCGUAGAAAAGAACAUUCGCUACGAGUUGCUGGCUAGACUCUGUCCCAGCAGCACUGGCGCAGACCUGCGCAGUGUAUGUACGGAGGCUGGAAUGUUUGCCAUCAGAGCUAGGAGGAAGACCAUAACUGAGAAGGAUUUCAUAGAUGCGAUAACCAAGGUAAUACAGGGGUACAAGAAGUUCUCUGCUACAGGUCGAUAUAUGGUGUACAAUUAA